GACUCACCAUGACCCUCAUGUUCAAACUGCUGCUGUGCCUUGGACUGAGUGUGGGACAGAAGACUGCAGGCCUGGCAGGAAUCCUCCCAAAGCCCAAAAUCUGGGCUCAUCCACACUCUAUGAUUGACGUAUAUGAACCUGUGACUAUUUGGUGUCAGGGUUCCUGGAAGGCCCAGGAGUACUAUGUGCUUAAAGAAGGACACUCAGAUCCUUGGGACCAACAAUACCCUCUGGAACGCUCAGACAAGGUUAAGUUCAAAAUCCAAUACAUGACAGGGGAAUUUGCAGGGAUAUAUACGUGUUACUAUAAGAGCCCUGCUGGCUUGUCAGACCAGAGUGACACCCUGGAACUGGUGCUAACAGGAGCCUAUGAAAAACCAAGCCUGUCUGUUUGGCCCAGCCCUGCUGUGACCUCAGGAGAGACCAUAGCCAUGCAGUGUAGCUCAUCACUGGGAUUUGGCAGAUUCAUUCUGAUCCAGGAAGGAAAGCACCACCUCUCGUGGACCCUGGACUCACAGCAGAAUUCCACCUCAGAAUUCCAGGCUCAUUUUGUUCUGGACCCCGUAACUACCAUCCACAAUGGUACAUUCAGAUGCUAUGGCUAUUUUAGGAACCGUCCCCAGCUGUGGUCAAAAUCAAGUGACCCCCUUCCACUCCUUGUCUCAGAGUCCAAGGACCUGUCUCUCACCCACACUGAGAAUGGACUGCUGUUUACAGAACCCCCAGCCUCACUGCAUGAAGGUCACACAGUUGAAAAUCUCAUCCGAAUGAUCAUGGCUGCCUUGGUUUUAGUUACUCUGGUGAUUCUGUGGUUAGCGGCUUGGCACAGAAAGGAAAUGGGAAUAGAUGCAAUCAGGAGAUAA